UCUCAGAUCUCUCUCUCUCUCUACACUCUCUCUCUCUAUUCCUUUUUUAGUAAAGACAAGUGGACCCACAAGGAUGUGCGGUGGUGCAAUCAUUUCCGGCUUCGUCGCCGCCAAGCGUGGCCGGAAGCUGUCGCCGGAGGAGCUCUGGUCGGAGCUCGACACCUUCUCCGACCUCCUCGGCCUAGACGACAGCUACAACUACUCCAAGGUUACUAAGACCAAAGACCAUACGACUGCUCCUCAAAAGCCUAAGCAAUCACCACGGCCAGCCCCCACCAAAGGCAAGAAGAAGCUGCCCGAAAAGAACACCCAAGCUGCUGAGGAAGAAGAAGAACAAGAGGGCAAUAAUAACAAUAAUAAUAGCAAAAAGAGUGGAAACAGAACUCGUAAGAAUAUCUACAGAGGAAUCAGACAAAGGCCAUGGGGAAAAUGGGCAGCCGAAAUCCGGGACCCACAGAAAGGAGCCCGUGUCUGGCUCGGAACCUUCAACACCGCCGAGGAAGCCGCCCGCGCCUACGACCAAGCCGCCAAGCGCAUCCGCGGCGACAAGGCCAAGCUCAACUUCGCCCCCGCCAACGCCGCCGACGCCGCCCAACAGCCGCCGCCGCCGAAGAAGCAGUGCGUCUCGGCUACGACAGCGCCACCACUGUCGUACGGAGCCAAUUACUACAACCCGUUUCAAAACGAGCUGGCUGGUAAUCAGCCGAGCGAGAUGGAGCUCAAAGAGCAAAUCUCGAGCCUGGAGUCGCUCCUGGGUCUGGAGCCCGAGGUUACGAGUUCGAGUCAUCAGCUGAGUGGAAUCGCCGGCGGUGGUACUGGUGAGUUCAACCAGGCUGACUCGGAGGGUCUCUGGAUGCUUGACGACGUCGUUGCGCAUCACCGCCAGCAAUCGUAUUAGGGAGUAGAGUUCUAGUACACCGAAUUAUUACUCUGUUUUUUUUUUUUAAUGUUCAUGUGCUUGAGUUUUGUAACUGAUAUGAUCAAACUUUCUGAUGAUGAUUAUGCUUUUUUUUUUUUCUUUGCGUGUUUUGUACUUUUUAUUUUACCUAUUUGAAUGCUCUUUUGGUGGA